AGGCGAGAUUCGGAGUCCGUUCUUGCUGUUCGUCGUGCGAUGAUGGAGGCUUUUUAACCACUUUUUUACUUCGCAAAAAUACCGAGCCCGUAAAGUGUAGUGUUUUGUUAAGUUGCUUGGCAGCCCACCCAAAGCUAGUGCAACGAGUAUUUUAAAAACCGCGCCCGCGUUUCCGAUACUUAUGUGUGGAAUAAGAAUAAGAUACGAUUAGAUAAUAGGAAUUUUCGUACGAAAGUGGUUUUCCGACCGAGUGGUGUAAUUUUCUCGCCCUAGAGUGCCCACCAUCGGGGAGCAGAAGGAAGAAAAAAGAGGUUUGGCUGUGAACAAGAAUAAUAAAAAUUAUUUUACUUGAGGCGGUACUACAUUCCGGGUUGCAUUUUUCGGUCCAGUUCCGGGGAAGUGAUUGAAAUUAUUUGGGGUUCUGGCUGUUACCGAUGCGCAAAUUGAGUGUUUGAGAAGAAUUUUUCGUGCUAACUUGCUUCAGUUUUUUUCUCGAUCCCCAUUUGGCUCAAUUCUGGAUAAGUGACAGGUUCCUCGGCUGUGUUUCGCUCGAAUCAAUUUAGUGCGAGCCUACUCUGGCGGCUGUGCGAAACUGAUAGCGAAAAUAAUAACAGAAGAAGAAAACCGAGGGCAGAAUCCGGAGUUUUCGGAAGAAUUUCAAACCAUCACCCUUGUCCGGCCGGUGGAGCGAAGAGUGCCGAGAACGGGUCCAUUUGAGGCAUUUUUUGGUUUUUCGCAAGAAGAGUGAAAGAGAGCAUUCGUCAAGUGAUGAGUGUGCAUGUGUUGGUUUGACGGGAAGAGGGUGUUGCUUUUUUUCUCCGAGUGUUUUUCGCUGGCUUCGGCGGAAUCCGAAACACAACAAACAACGACGUUCCGUCGAUAGUUCCGAGGAACCGAUCCGAAUCGGCUGGAAAGCAGGCGUUGCCCCUGAGAAGAAGAAAACAAUCCCUCAGUGUUGGAAUUCUAGAGCAGAUAUCCGGCCAACCGGAGAAACCCUGCCACAGGAUGAGUUCCAACAAUACGAGCGGUGGAACCACAACGACGACGACGGCAUCCAACAGUAGCAGUGCUUCCAUCAACAGCAUCGAAGCAGAAUACAACGAAAUCGAAUCCCGCAAUGGAUGGUGCGCGGUAUUCCAGGAUAUUCGCGAAAAAAGCGAUCAAGAGGCCCACCAGAAAGAUUUUUCCACCGAUGAAUCGAAAAAAAUGGACAACCGGCGGUUGAACCGGUACCGGGAUGUUUCGCCCUACGAUCAUUCCCGGAUUGUCCUCAAAAGGGGCGAAAUCGACUAUAUCAACGCUAAUCUGGUCAAGAUGGAACGUGCCGAUCGGAAAUAUAUUCUGUGCCAAGGUCCGCUUCCGCUUACGGUCGGACAUUUUUGGCUGAUGGUGUGGGAGUACAACUCCCGGGCGAUUCUGAUGCUGAACAAGCUGAUCGAGAAGAAACAGAUCAAGUGUCACCUCUACUGGCCGGAGAAAACUGGCGAAGAUCACAAACUAGAUCUACCGGAAGUGCAGCUGGCGGUCGAGUAUCUCAAGUGUGUCGAGUACAAAAACUUCUGCAAGCGAACUUUCCGAUUGACCGAUUUGGAAUCGAGCAAAUCGCGGGAGGUUGUGCAGUUCCACUACACUACAUGGCCGGACUUUGGCAUUCCAAGUUCGCCGGUUGCAUUUCUACAGUUUCUGAAGGAAGUCCGCGAAUCGGGGACACUCGACAAGGACGUUGGCCCACCAAUUAUACACUGCAGCGCAGGAAUCGGCCGGUCCGGUACAUUCUGCUUGGUGGACUGUUGUCUGGUGUUGAUUGAUAAGGAAGGCGAAGACAAAGUAUCGGUUCAGGAUGUUCUUUUGGAGCUAAGACGAUACCGCAUGGGACUGAUACAGACUGUUGAUCAAUUAUUUUUCUCAUAUCAAGCGAUCAUCGAGGGAAUGAAACGAAUGAACAAUUCUUCAUUCGACGAUUUCGAGGAACUAUCCGUGGUAGUGAACAGCCACACCUCCGAUCAGGAAAAUGACGAUACCCCACCGCCCUUGCCGCCACCUCGAUCGUACUCGCUCACCAACCCUGUCGGACAGAAACCGCUGCCUCUGAUCCCAAACAGCGAAAGCGUGCACGAGGAAUUCCUCACUACAGCAGCGACUUACAACGAACGAGAUUUGGUUAACAAUCUGGUGAAUCUGGAGAAGAGCAAGCAAUACGAAAUCAGUAAAGACCGGCCGCUUCCGCCGCUACCGAAGGAAGGCCUGGACAAAGUGCACGAGGCUAACAGCUCCGACGACAGUGGGGCAUCGGGAAGCAGCGAAGAAGAUGAAUUAAUCGACAGCGAUCACGACGAGGCAGACGAAGACGAGGACAAUAGUGAUAAUAUCGAGAGCUCGGUGCUGGACGAUACAACGAUAACCAGCUCGUCGACGACGACCAUGACCACAACGACGGCAACGGCCACCAGCAGUAGCAAUACCUCGACGUUGGAAUCCAAUCGGGGAGGCUCGACGAACAAGGCGCCAACGGUGGGCGAUCGGUCCUUCGAUGCCAACGCUACCCUGCCGCCGGUGCCGAACGGCAUCGAUAGCAACAGUAACAGUGCCGGCGAGGAACCGCUGUCCAGCCCGGAGCGGGAAACCUCACCGAACGCGGAACUGCGGCGUCGAAAACGGCUGGAACGCCAGAGCGCUAUGGAGGAAAAGAUCCGGGAAAUCAAGCGCAAGCAGAAGGAAUCGGAAGGCAGCAAGGCGGCGUCGCCGAAAAAGCGCAGGUUAAUGAUGCUAACUAUUGCCGCCGGUGUCUGUAUCGGCGUGCUUUGCGUAUACUUCUACACCCGUAAUUUCUAAGUUCUGCUACCUACUUGUCUAGCAGACUAGUAGUUCUUGUUUUUCUAUUUUCUUUCCCUUUUUGGAAUGUGGGAGGGACAGUUAGAGACGACGGAUCUUUUUCAGCAGAUUUGUGGGGUUGGGCAACACACCCUUGAUGAAAGGGCGGGUUAUGGAAGGUCUUUUCGCUCCCAGUGAGAUAGGCAGACAGAUUUUUUUUCUCCAACCUUUCGUAACGAGGAUUGGAGGCUAUUGGAGCAGACUCAGAUAAGUAGUAUUAUCUGUGUUAAAAUUGCACGUCCGAUUAGAUUGAAGGAGAGAAAGUUUUUAUAUUGCUAUUAGAAAUGAACCAAGUAACGAAUAAUCGUGUCUAGCAGCAACAGUCAAGUGAUCGAUGUUGAAAUUGUGACUAUAUAUAUAUACCUAAAAUAAGACAAAAAAGUAGAACACGGGCCUGCGCACAGGCGUUAACUGUGUAAUUGCAUGCAAACUAGCGUUUUGGGAAACAUACAGAAAAACGUUAGCUUUUAGAACGCGUUGUUUGAGAAGUCGAUUACCGUUGAAGUUGUUUUUCUUUCGCUGUCAUCUGAUGUUACGAGACAAAUGCCUAGUGUGGAACCCGUCAGAGUGGCAAACGAACGGCCCAGCAUUUUCCAAAUGCUUAUCAUUACUGUCGACUUUAUUUAGAAAACAGCAACACUCGCAUACGCAUUGCUGUGGCACCAGUUUUUGGACAGAAUACAGUCUCCCCAGUGUAGCGUGUGUUGGGUGAGUCCCGAAGACUCCUUUUCAUAUAUCCCUAUCAUAGUUGUUGUAUUUAUUAGCGUUUAAUUAUGAAUUCCAUUGUAUUCUAAAACGGAGCAAUCCUACAUUAAACGGUAUACAUUCUAUUUUAUCCCGAUGAAGCGUUAUUGGGUUGUGCGACCCUUUCAAAAUCUACAAUACAAGGCUAUACUUAGGUACAGUCCGACAUUUUGUGGUUUAGAUUGCUCUCAUUUUUCUGUCAGUGUAUUAUUUUGAUGAGGACACUACGGACAGACGUUUUGCUUACUAUUCUAAAUUUUCGUCAUUCUGUUAAAAUUGCUCCAACCAAUUUGAGAUUUUCUUCGAUGGCCAUUCUUUAUCAUUAUGCUUUCUGCAAACUUACUUUCCUGUUUGGUAACACAAACAUUUAUGAUGUAGGUACAUUACUGACAGACUGUAAGUUUCAGUUUAUUUUUGGCUUUUAAAGAUAUGUUAUACCAUGAUUAACAAUCAAUCAAUGACGCCCAUCGUUAUUCCAUAAAUUUGCAUACAUGUAAGGAUAAAUUGCUCCCACAGAACAAUCGAACACACACAGGUAUGUUCUUAUCAACCAAGUGAUAGAAUUUUGUUAUAGCAUAACCAAAAGUCAGAACUAAAAACAACAAAUUAUAACACAGCUGGAAUGGUACAGCGAAAACUUUAAAAAAAUACAAGUGAAUAAGUUUGUCUCAAAGCCACACCAGGACAGGGAAGAAAAAGGGAGAUCCACGAGAAUACAAAAAAAAAUGCAAAAUCAAUGAAGCAAGCGAACUAUGUGUCAUUAUUGGAAAUGGUAAACGGCAAUCCAGAUAGAAGUGUGUUAAACUGUAUCAGAAAAUACUGAGAUUCCUUCGCGAUUUAAAAAUCAACACAUUGAAAAAAUAUCGGUAGAGAUAAUCGUGAAUAUGCGUAAACUUUAUUUAUUUUUCCUGAGCAAAAAAAACAUUAUCAAAAGGCUACACGACUGUAUGAACCCUUACAUUAUCGGAUGAUAAUCCAUGUUUUAGAGAUAGUGUUUUACAUUUUUCUACCAAUGGCAUAUUUUAUUAUUUUCACUGGCAUAAAGCAAGAUACAGAACAAUUGGAUUUAGGAAAAAAAAAACGAAAAACACGAUUUUUACUGCUGGGAAAAUGCAAGUUUUUAUUUUGUUAUCAUUUGUUUUUCGAGUAUCCAAACCCACAGAAUGAGGACGUAUUUUUCCGAACUUAACAGACACUAUAUAGAACAUUUUUCUAAGAUCGAGAAUUUAUUGGAUCACACGUGAAAAGAGAGCAAAAAUGGAAAAAUAUUUCUAGAAAAAAAAAGUGAAACGCAGAGAGAGAAUAAAGCUGACCUAUAUAUAAUUAUUAUAAAGUAAAAUCCUAUUGUAUAGAUAACUGUUUUAGAGCAAAAAUGAAUAAAAGUAAAUUUGAUGAAAGUGAAAUUGGAUAAAAACA